UUUUCGUAUAUUAUAGUAUAAUAGUAAAUUCGACUGUUUAGUUAUAAUAAAAUAUGUUACCUUUUAGAAGUUUGCAAAGGGAAAUAAAACCAUGUCUUCGCCACAACCGUCAAUAUUCUAUAUGUGGGCGUACAUUAUCGUAUUUUGGAUCAAGCAGUAGUUUUUCAAAAAAUUUGUUCAGGGAAACAAAUAGCAUUUCACCAAGAACAUGUUUGAUGCUGCUACAACACCGCAGUCUCUCGGAAGUUACAAGUGCGCCUACUAUAGCUGCGACACAAGUGCAUUCACCGUUCACAGGAAUUUGGCAUACACUUUCACAAAGUACACCAGUAGCAUAUAUACAGGAUACACUGACAACGAUCCAUGAUUACAGCGGAUUGACCUGGUGGGCCUCCAUUGUCGUAUCCACAAUACUAUUUCGCACCUUAAUAACACUUCCAUUGGCAAUAUAUCAACAUAAAAUUAUGGCGCGAUUAGAGCUGUUGGCUUUGGAAAUGCCGGCAAUUGUGGCCGAACUAAAAAAAGAGGCGGCAGUAGCCAUGAAAAAAUUCAAUUGGACUGAGAAACAAACCAGACUUGUUUAUAAUCGGUCGUUGAAAAAACAGUGGAAUGCAUUGGUAGUGCGGGACAAUUGUCAUCCAGCAAAAACAUUUAUCGUGCUAUGGGGUCAAAUACCGUUAUGGAUAUGUCAAUCGGUAGCAUUAAGAAAUCUUGUUCAUAUGAUGCCUGACCCAACAACAUUACAGGCACAAAUUAUUUAUACAGAGAUGACUAUCGGAGGUUUUGGUUGGAUACCGAAUUUAACAGAAGUUGACAGUUCAUAUAUUUUGCCUGUCACCUUAGGUGUAAUAAAUUUGGCCAUAAUAGAAAUGCAAACUGUUCUACGAAACCGUCCCACUACCCGCUUGCAAAAAUAUGCGACUAAUGUUUUUCGAGUAUUGACCGUAGCAAUGGUUCCUGUUGCCUGUUCUGUACCAUCGGCUCUUUGUCUAUACUGGGUUGCUUCAAGUAGUUAUAGUUUAACGCAAAAUCUGCUGCUCACUGCACCUAUUGUACGACGUUCAGUUGGUAUUCCGCAUACGAAUUCAGAAAUAGUGAAUCCGUGUGAAAGAAUAUGGCUAAGGAUGAAAGCACUAACAUCAAAAAGCGAUCAAAAAGCUGAGGAAAAAAAUACAAAUGUAACACGAAAUGAGACUAAGUCGAGAUAGAUUUAUUUGGUUAACAAAAGGGAAAUUUUCCGCAGUGUUGGUUUUACUUUUAAUUAUAUGUGUAAGAAAAAAAUUAUUGUACGAUGUAAAACAAAUUCUAAUUUUUGAGUUUGAUAGAAAUAAACAUCAUAAAAGGUACAAAUCUUGAAAUUAA